AUGAUGCUCAAAGCUGUUAUUCUGAUAGGUGGUCCUGAAAAAGGAACAAGAUUCCGGCCCCUUUCUCUUGACAUCCCCAAACCUUUAUUUCCUGUUGGUGGACUGCCCUUGAUUCAACAUCACAUAGAAGCAUGUGCAUCAACUCCAGGCCUGAAAGAAAUUUUACUCAUUGGAUUUUAUUCUGUUGCCCAAAUUCAGCCUUUUGUCAAUGAUAUGCAACAUCAGUAUAAUGUAACAAUUAAAUACCUUCAGGAAUUUGUGGCACUGGGCACAGCUGGGGGUCUGUUCCAUUUCAGAGAUCAAAUUCGUUCUGGCAGCCCUGAUGCUUUCUUUGUGAUGAAUGGUGAUGUUUGUGCAGACUUUCCACUUGUUGAUUUGUAUAACUUUCACAAAAGUCUACCUUCAAGUUGUAAUUCCAAAGCUCUGGUUACUAUCAUGGGUACAGAAGCCACUAGGCAGCAGUCUUUAAAUUAUGGGUGUAUGGUUACUAAUAAAGAAUCCCAUGAAGUUACCCAUUAUGUGGAAAAACCUAAUUCAUAUGUUUCUACCCUGAUUAAUUGUGGAAUUUACAUUUUCUCAUUGGAUGUUUUUCAAACUAUAGGAGAGAUAUUCACCAUGAAGCAAGAAGAAUAUUAUAAAAUUGGAAAUGGAAACAAAGAAGCAGGCAACCUUCAACUUGAACAAGAUAUUCUGGCCUCCCUAGCAGGAACAGGAAGAAUGUUUGCCAUGCAGACCAGUAACUGGUGGUCCCAAUUGAAGACUGCUGGCUCAGCUAUCUAUGCCAAUAGGCACUAUUUACAACUUUACAAAACCAAGCAUCCAGAACGUCUUGCUAUUUCUGAAGGUGCAGGUGAACAUUGCUCAAUUCUUCCAGAUGUCCACAUAGAUUCCACAGCUUCAGUACAUCCAACAGCUGUUUUGGGACCAAAUGUGAGUAUUGGCCCUGGUGUGACUGUAGGAUCAGGUGUGAGAAUACGAGAAAGCAUUAUUUUAUCUGAAGCAACCAUUGAUGAGCAUAGUUUGAUUCUUCAUAGUAUUAUUGGAAGAGGUUCCAGAGUAGGGAGAUGGGCUAGAGUUGAAGGAACUCCAUCUGAUCCUGACCCUAACAAACCAUUUGCGAAGAUGGAGAAUCCACCGUUGUUCAACAAAGAUGGCAGGUUGAAUCCAUCAAUCACCAUUUUAGGAUGUUCUGUGAGUGUGCCAUCCGAAACAAUUUUGUUAAAUACCAUAGUGCUACCAAAUAAAGAGUUAUCAAGAAGCAUUAAGAACGAAAUUAUAUUGUAA